ACUUUUUUGGGGGAAGUGCAUAAUAAUCAACAUAUUAGCCAAGGUGCUUUUUAGAUAUCGAUCCUCUAGUGCGAGCUAGUUGGAUUUAUCCCACCGUGUGGACAUUUGCAAGGCUUGACCUUAUAGCUUUGCGUCAUUUUUUUCCCGUGCUUUUCCGUUGACUAGCAACAAUGCCGAAGAGGAAGUCUCCUGAGGGUCCCGAGGGCAAGGACAGCUCCAAGUUCACCAAACAAGAGCCCAUCAGGAGGUCCGCGAGGUUGUCAGUGAAACCUACACCGCCGAAGCCCGAGGCCAAAGCCAAGAAGGUUGUCGUCAAGAAGGUGGCAGAUGAAAAGGGGGCGAAGCCACGGAAAGGCACCACCAAAGGGAAGAAGGAAGACAGCCCUGCCCAGAACGGAGAUGCCAAGACUAACGAGGCAACUGAGGCCGCUGAGGAGAAGGCGUAAGGACAACGGGCGCCACUUUUUUUGUUCCCAUUUUCCUACCGACAAAUUUUUUGUAACAUGCAAAUUUUUUUGUAGACUUGUGAUAGAUGCUAGAGAUGAAUGGCCAGCGUUCCCUAAAAUCCCCAUAUAAUGUCCACACUCCUCUUAACUUCCCAACAGUACCUUCACAAUCAAAACUUGUUUUCUUAUUUUUACUUUUUUUAAAAAAAAAUUUAAUGAGAAACAGCUGCAUAUGUUCUUCAUCCUGAUCUCCACAGUAGUCAUUUUAUUUUAUUAGUAGUAGUCAUAUUUUUAAAGAAAGUGGCAGUCACUGUGGAGAACAACUGCAGCACUUUUACAGCUCUUCCUUUUCAGAAUGGCCCAUAGCUUCUUUUUGUAUGUAUGUGCUUUGGCUGGGCGUGAUGAUGGGUCUCCUGUGUUCGAUUUCCCAACAUUUUUCUGUCUCUUACACUCAAACCACCCCUCCCCUCCCCCGCCCAAACACACACACCCACACCCUAAUUCCCUUGUCCUGCUGCAGAGUGACAUAGCAAUAAGCAGCGGUGCUCGUGUUCUAGAGGCGCCUCAAUUGGCUUCAGUCUGUUGGGAGAGUAUUUUCAAAUAAAAAGAAAAAGUUGACAA